AUGCGCCCAGCUGUCGCACCGGCUCCACCGCCCCACCCGCCGUCUCCAUGGUUACACUGCCACGCGGGAGCAUUCCACUUUAUGGCGGUGUCGUGUCUUCGCCGCUUCAGCGGGCAAAGGGUUCUGUUUGGGAUUUGUGACAUGCCGUAUAGUAGAUUGUACAAAAUGGCGGCGCCCAUGAAACGGGGAUUUGUCUACGACAGCAGAAACAAUCUUCAGCUGCGAGGUCUUGUUGUUUUAUUGAUGUCAAAAGCAGCUGGACCUGGCAAAACAGUUGAUCCUGUACUUGAAGGUGACCUGGUCAGUGGAAUCUACCCCAGUCAGCGGAAUCUGGCUGAAAUUACAGAACUGAUCCACACAGCUUUUCUCGUGCAUCGUGGUAUAGUGAAUAUUAUGGAGGUGACUUCGUCCCAUGGGUCACUGAAGGAUAUGCAGUUUGGCAAUAAGAUGGCGGUCCUGAGUGGAGACUUUCUUCUGGCAAAUGCAUCUACAGGCCUUGCUCAGUUACAGAACACUAAGGUUGUGGAGCUUGUAUCAAGUGCAAUUGGAGACUUGGUUCAAGGCGUAUAUUACGAAAAUGCUAGAACUGAUGAGGAGAAAGUUACUGAUGACAUCCUGAUGACUAACUGGGAGAAGCGGAUAUUUUUAUCCCAUGGUGCUUUGCUGGCGAAGAGUUGUCAAGGUGCAAUGCAACUGGCGAAUCAUGACACGGAAGUUCAAGAAAUGGCAUUUCAGUAUGGAAAACACAUGUCUUUAGCUCACAAACUGAACUCUGACCUUCAGCCAUUUGUUGCGGAAACCUCCUGUGACACGAUGCCUUUUUGUCUGAACUCUGCCCCAGUCAUCUUACAUCAGGAGGCUUCGGGUCGAGACGUUUGGAUUAAUCAACUUAAAAAGGCUAAAGUAAAUGGCAAACAAGCUGAUUAUGCCAAGCUGCAUCGAAUAAUCAAAACUGGGAAAGGUGUGAGUUCAUCUCUUGAUUUAUGCCGUUACCAUGGAAACCGGGCUUUGGAAGCCCUCCGAUGCUUCCCUACUUCUGAAGCCAGAUCAACUCUGGAAAAGAUUGUUUAUGCUGUGACCAAAUUCUGAAAGGAGAAAUCUCACACGCAGCAAAAUCAAACGAUAAUCUAUCUGCAUAAAUUGUUGGUGAGACCUGCUACUUAAUCCAUCUUUCAAAAACGAAAUGAAUGGUUUGUACUGACAGAAAUGUUGCAAAGCGAUAGAGAAAGGUUUUUUUUAGAAAUCAGUGAAACAAAGCAGGUUCACAAAGUCUUUUCUCCUACCUCUCCUUGCAUGCCUGUAAACAAAUUUGCACAAAGGUCAAACAGUUUUCCCUUGUCAAGCCAGAAGCACACUGGAGGCAGCAAGGGCAGAAAUAAUUAAUGAGAUUUGCUGCUGUGACCUCAGCAAAUGGACAGGAAAUAAGGCCUUAUUGAUUGGACACAACCAAGGAUGGCGCCACAGUGGUGGCCUGUGGUUUUCCCCUACACUUGGAGGACGGAGCUUGGGGCAGGCUCAGGGGGAGACUUAGAAUGAGACUGCAGGUGUUGCGAGAAACACUUCAUAACCUGUCUGAUGGAUCUGCCAUGUCAGAAUAAUAGUCCAAUUUAUCACCAUGCAGGGCAAUUGCAAGGAUAGAGAUUUUGCCUGGAGCUGUGCAAACAAUAUAGCAGCUCAAAAGAUGGAAAACUGUCAAAGCUCCUACUUGUGAAUUGUGUAAAAGAUGGUCAUUUGAAUUAAAAUGUUGAACUUUUUAAAAACGUUAUACAUUACACUAAUCAUUCAAUUUGAUUUCUUUUCACCAUCUUUUGUACUGUUGAUUUGUCUUUAGGUAUUUCCCAUUUAUUGGGAAAACCCAGGUUUUUACCUUCAACCAAGUAUUACUCUUAACUGUGUAAUAUUACAGCAGUAAAUAGAUAAUUUGUUUAUUAAUUGAUCAAGAUAGUAGAGUUUUAUUAAUUAGGGCAUGCCUGUUCUACGUGUUCCCUAGAAAACCUUUUUGUAAUUACGUCUGUGCUUUGAUUGAAAUAUGUUUCAUAAUAAAAUGCAAUAAGCAAAAUGUA